CGCCACAGCGUGGUGGUGAUCUCGGUGCCACCAGUACCCCGGCAAGCAGGCCAUCCCACCGGCAAUGGCGCCAAGGGCGGACGCGGGCUCCCAACUCAGAUUCGCGUGGGCGUGCUAACACAGCUUGCCCGCUCUAGGCUAGCAGGGAGCUGAUCCAGGCGCGGCUUGACGUCUACCUGCAGCCCUUCAAAGCUCGCGCGGGCCCCGGUCGGGAUGUCGCAGAGCUUUUCACGAAAACUCCAGAGGACCCCUUCAACCCCCGGCCAGCCUCAGGACUCCAGCACAUCACCGCUCACUAUGGCCACUACCGCCCACGCGUAUGGCACGCAGUCAGAUGCGUAUGCCGCUGAAAAUGAUGUCAUCCCUCGCACUUCUGAGAAGGGGAGGAAGAUGAGUCUCGGCAAGGCUGAUUCUUCUGAGGGUGCGUUGAACGACUCCGACGAUCUCCUGGCCGCCAUGGGCUACAAGUCCGAACUUGUUCGCUCAAGAUCGACUCUACAGGUUGCGUUCAUGUCCUUCGUUCUGGCUUCUAUUCCCUACGGUCUGGCCACUACGCUCUACUACCCGGUCAUCAACGGCGGUCCAGUCACUAUCAUUUGGGGAUGGCUCGCCGUCUCCCUGAUUAUUCUUUGCGUUGCAGCAUCUCUAGGAGAAAUCACCAGUGUCUAUCCUACCAGCGGCGGUGUCUACUACCAGACUUUCAUGUUGGCUGCUCCUUCUUACCGAAAGAUCGCUUCAUGGAUCUGUGGUUGGUGCUUUGUCGUUGGUAACAUAACGAUCACUCUUUCCGUCAACUUCGCUACUGCUCUCUUCUACGUGGCAUGUAUCAAUGUGUUCACCGACGCGGAAGGCAACGGUAUCUUUGCCGGCACAACAUGGCAGGUCUACCUGAUCUUCCUUGGUGUUACGCUUCUGUGCAACAUCGUCUGUGUCACCUCGAACAAGUGGCUUCCGUGGCUCGAUACCUUUGCCAUCUUCUGGACCUUUGCCGGUGUUAUCGCCAUUGUCGUGUGCGUGCUUGCUAUUGCGAAGAACGGUCGCCACAGCGCCGAAUACGUUUUCACCACACUCGACACCUCUAACUCUGGAUGGGUUCCCGGAUGGUCGUUCAUGGUCGGACUUCUCCACGCAGCCUACGCAACCUCCUCGACCGGAAUGAUUGUCUCUAUGUGCGAAGAGGUUCGUCAUCCUGCGACCCAGGUCCCCAAGGCUAUGGUCGGCACCAUUGUUCUCAACACUAUCUGCGGUCUUGUCUUCCUCAUUCCCCUCGUCUUCGUCCUGCCUGAUCAGGCCAUGCUCGCAGGCCUUGCAUCCGGCCAGCCUACCCCCCAGAUCAUUGUUGAUGCUGUAGGCUCCUCCGGUGGUGCCAUCGGUCUUCUACUCCCGCUCAUGGUCCUUGGUCUAUUUUGCGGUAUCGGCUGCACAACUGCCACGUCGCGCGCCAUCUACGCUUUCGCUCGAGAUGGCGGUAUCCCUGGCUACAAGAUGUGGAGGGUAGUCAAUACCAAGUUCGACGUUCCUGUCAACGCCAUGAUGAUGAGCAUGGCUGUUCAGCUUAUACUUGGUCUUAUCUACUUCGGUGCCGCGGCAGCUUUCAACGCCUUCUCUGGCGUCGGCGUCAUUUGCUUGACACUCAGCUACGCUGCGCCCAUCGUGUGCUCUCUACUCGGAGGCCGCAAGCAGGUUGUUGAGGGCCAGUUCUACCUCGGCAAGCUUGGUCUCUUCUGCAAUGUCGUUGCUCUUGCUUGGUCUGCACUUGCGACUCCCCUAUUUUGCAUGCCUACCUACCUUCCCGUUACCCCGACCUCGAUGAACUACGCCUCCGUUGUUCUCGCUGCUGUCAUCGUCAUUUCGACUGCCUGGUACUUCGUCUGGGGCAAGCGUAACUACGAGGGUCCUCCAACACACGAGGAUGCCGUCCUCGAGGCAAGGAGAGCCAGUUUGGUUAGCACCCGCAGUAAGUAGAAGAUAGUCGUGGAAAGGCUUCUAGAAGAUCGUACACAUUCGGCUCUUUCGUUGCUGGAAGAGAGGGCCUUGCUUGAUUCAGGAUGUUCGCUUGAGCAACA